ACAGGCUUGAAAGGUGAUAGCAGUUAAAAGAAGCCUUGGCUCAGCAUUAAGUGAAUAAGGUGGCGGAAAGAAGAUGCGUCUUAUCGUCUCCCGCUCGGCUGUCACCUCUGUUCACAACCGGGCAUGCCAACCCGCUCGGACAAGCCGCAGGACCCAUGUAAUGGUCACGAACAAGCUUAUGCUGCACCCUACAGGCAGCGGCGACUGCGGGCACCUGGGGGAGCAGGUGCCGCUGCCGGGCCCCGUGGAGCUGCGGGAGGGCACGCAGGACGUGGGGCGGGUGGAGCCCUGCGACGUGGUGCUCGCGGUCCCCACCGUGUCUUCCCGCCAUGCGAUCAUCAACGUGGAGGGCGACAAGGUGCUAGUUAUCGACGUGGGCAGCACCAACGGCACCCGGGUGGAGGGGCGGGACGUCAAGGCAAUGGACUACGUGGAGCUGCCCAUCGGCGGGGAGGUCGUGUUUGGAGAUGAGAGUCUGGCCAAGUUCACGCUGCUGAAGGUUGACGACGCCACCGCGGCGGCUUGACGACGAGACCCGAGAAGUACAGCCUUACCCGCGGAGGUUCAUAAAGGUUGUGCAGACCUUCGUGCUGAAGCCAGUUUGGCGGCUUUGGGGCAUCACCAAACCUGCUGCAGGUAGUUGUACAGUGCUGUUGAAAGAAACGUAUACUUAUUGUAAGGCCCCGGAUGUAGUAUCCAAACCCAGAUAGUACGCCUGUUAACACAACCUCGUGCUGCUGUACACUGUGAUGGGAGGAAAGGGUUGUAACCCUUGUAAUUAGUUGGCGUGGGCUGCCCUGCCUUUGUAUGUUAUGGCUGGUACGUGGUGUAAGAGAUGCGUCUUGGGACAGCGCCAUAUGUGUUAUUGAAGACACGUUGUGGAACACACAUCACCACGGUCAUGUGUACGGGAAAUGUUGUUUGGCAUUGCAAUACUCUGCACUACGGCUGCAUGAGACAAGGGUGGCGCCUGCUGCUAUGGAUUAUCCAAGGCUUCGAGCGGUAUUCAGCGCAUGAGUUCACCUGCCGUUGGUAGAUACAGAAAUGGCAUUAUUAGAUACCAGCAGAGCAAGAAGCGUAUUUCGUCCGAGAGACCAGGCCUUGUAAAGCCUGGACCUUGC